UGCAAAUACAUACAGGGCAUAUAGAACAGGAAGAGGGUGACAGCUGACAGUAUGGAGCAGGUGUGGUUGUGAAGCACUGUCUAAGGUCCAAGGGGUGGUCACAUGAUGUUCCAAAAUCAGUCCAAUCAACCUGCAGUUCAAAUGUUACACACUUGAGCGAAAAGUUAAGUGUGCACCAUGGCACUGAAGUAUAUCUCCAUGGCAUGUUCCACAACUUAAUCAAAAACACACGGCACACCUUGAAGAGCCCAUCAACACUUGCAAGAACAGUAUUCCUGUUUAAUACUAGAUAUAUCUAUAACUUGUUUCAAAAAGUACAGCAUUUACUAUUUAAGUUGUCACAUUUACGGACUGGUAUGAUUUGUUGAUUUAGACAACAGAGUGGCUGAUUCGGUUCGGAACCCAGACCGCGGCUCCUAGAGUUCCUCGCUAGUCCACGUGGAAGCGCGGCCUGUGUGGAAAAGGACUUCAAGUCCCAUGAUGCAUUGCGAGGGCCGAGCGCGACUCCGAUGCGGAAGUGCGGUACGAAAACAGGACAAAAGCACAGUUGUCAGCUCGACGGGACAAAUAAGUGCGCGGCUGCGGUCGGUACAAGAACAUGUUCACUGUGCUGCCAGCUGACAGGAGAUCGUAUCGCACCGCGAUGGCUGCCCUCCUGUAACGGUCUGUGGACGCUGCGAGGCGCACGCUCCAUGGGCUUCGAGCAGCUAGGGGUCCGCCUGAACGACGCGGGGUAUAAGAACUGGCUGAAGGCGGGUUACUGUCUCCUCCGCGUGAGGGACGCCCUGCACGGUUACCUGGACAACGAGAUGAAGCGCUUCCACCGCGGGCUGCUGAGCGCGAACCCGGCGCUGAGGUCGGGACAGCGCUGCAGGGGCGCCUGCAAGCCCAGGGGAACCCAGUUUUCCUCGGCCUGUCCGGCAUGCGGCCAGUGGAGGACCGAGAUCUUGAGGCAUCACACCAACAGGGCAGGACAGGUCCACUGGGGCAACUGUAGACCCUGGUUGUGGCCCUUCCAGCACUGGGAAUUGGCCAAGGCCUACAUGCCACGUGGGCAGGCCAAGAUAACGCGACCUGACCAGUGUGAUGCCGCAGCCCUCCUCAACCUCAUCAAUUUCUGUGACCACUUCAGCUUUAUAGAGCAACGGGCAGUCAGGGAGGUGAUCAGGCACAGGAACGAGCUCAUGCACUCGAGCGAGAUGAAGGUGUCGGCCCAGUGGAUGACCCACUUCCACGGGAGCCUGGACAGACUGCUGCUGCAGCUGAGACACGUCCCUGGGAUCGCUGCCGCCGCCCAGGAAAUACAGGAGAUACUCUCUGUGGACUGGUCAGUGUCUAUCCCUGGGUCCGACCGCGUCGACGGAGCUCAGCGGGAGGGGUUGGAGCCAGAGCGCAUAAGCCACGUGGAAACACAGCUGCUGAGAGAGAGGCUACAGGAGCUGCUGCUCUGUACGGACGGACAGGCGCCACCUGAUCCGCAGGACCUCGAGGAGCUGGGAAAACUCCAAGAUUUCCUUCGAAGCCAGUCGGACUUGGAAAAGCUCUUCCAAGGAGAAUUCUGUGGCCCGUUAUCAGCAGUUCAGCUGCAAUAAAUCAUUAAAUUUGUGUUUUUAUAAAAAGAAAUGUGUAUUGGUGUUUGCGAAGGCUAAAGCACGAUGGUUCUCAGUUCUGGCUCUGUUGUGGUGGAACGACCUCCCCCUGUCACUCAGAACUGCUGAAAUUC